AUUAUUACCAAACACAUAUCUUCAUCGGAAAGCAAUUAGUGUUCCCAAAAGUAACGGACAGCUAAUCUGAAUCUGGCUCUAUUAACUCUUCUCCGGGGCCAAGUCAAGAGAGCAGCCAGUCAUUUUUUCUCUUGUUGGAGUCUUCGCCCUUUCUCCCAGCCGUUUUCCCCCUCUCUGAAACAGUAAAUGGCGGCCGCCGCCGGAGAAAACAUGUCGCGCGAGCAAUACCUGUACAUGGCCAAGCUCGCCGAACAAGCCGAGCGCUACGAGGAGAUGGUGCAGUUCAUGGACAAGUUGGUCCUUAGAUCGACUCCAGCCGCCGAACUGACAAUCGAAGAGCGCAACCUUCUCUCUGUGGCCUACAAAAACGUCAUCGGCUCGCUCCGUGCCGCGUGGCGCAUCGUCUCCUCCAUCGAGCAGAAGGAGGAGUCUCGGAAGAACGAGGAGCACGUCUCCCUCAUUAAGGACUACCGAGGCAAGGUCGAGGCUGAACUCUCCCAGGUCUGUGCCGGGAUCCUCAAUCUUCUUCAGUCCAACCUUGUUCCCUCUGCGAGUACCAGCGAAUCGAAGGUGUUUUACCUCAAGAUGAAGGGCGAUUACCACCGCUACCUCGCCGAGUUCAAGGUUGGGGACGAGCGGAAGCAGGCCGCUGAUGAUACUAUGAACUCUUACAAGGCUGCUCAGGAAAUUGCUCUGGUUGAUCUUUCUUCAACACAUCCUAUAAGGCUUGGUCUAGCCUUGAAUUUCUCAGUUUUCUACUAUGAGAUCCUCAACUCGUCAGACAAGGCAUGUGUCAUGGCAAAACAGGCAUUUGAGGAAGCAAUAGCUGAGUUAGAUACGCUGGGAGAGGAGUCGUACAAGGACAGCACCCUCAUAAUGCAACUCCUACGGGACAAUCUCACCCUCUGGACUUCAGAUGCUCAGGAUCAGUUGGACGACUCUUGAAUCAGUUUGGGCUGUGGACUGAAUGUCAUGCAUGGCCCCUUGCUAUUUGUGUAUUUUCUUCAACUCUUUGCUUGCUGUGCAAGUUGCUAUCUUUACUUUUAUUGGUUAGUAAUUAGUCUAAUGGUGGAAACUUUUCGCCUGAAGGGUAUUGGCUGGUUGGGAAUUGAAUGAAAGUAGUAUAUUUGGGAGUUUUUGGCGCUCAUGUAUUUAGUACCCUGUUUGGUAAGGUUUAAAUUGGUUGAAGUGUUUGUGUUUGUUGAAAAUGGCUUAGUCGGUCUAAUUUGCUGGAUUAUAAAAAAGUCAUACUCCAUUUCAUUGAUAAAAUAAAAUAAAAUUAGAAAAAG